AUGCAGCAACGCAAGGACGCUUACACUCACUCACGUUUCCUUACCGUCACUCCGAAAAAAGGGCCAGAGAAGGCAGAUGCCUGGUUUCAACGCUCAGGAGGAAUUUUGACGGACCUCCAUAUUGUUGGGGAAUUCUCUUCCGAUGACCGAUCUCGCAUGUUCAAAGAUGCUGCUUCCACUAUAUGGUCAAGUCUUGAUACGUUGACGAUUAUUACACGAAGCUCCAGCGACGAUGUGUUUUCGGUGCUCCCUCCGACAGCAGUCGACGGGCUACGACCACGAAAGUUUGUCGUUUAUUCGAAAAAGCUGAACGACGAAUCCUUGCGUGCUCUCACGAACGUGGAUGGCUCACGAAUGCGUCACUUUGCACUGACAACCUUUUGUUCGGAGAUACGAGUAGCGGACUUUAACUUCACAUCUUUGACAACACUUAUGUUAUGUGCACCUGUCUCUUUCUGGGAUCUUUCCCUGCUUCUGAAGAAAAACCCUCUGCUUGAGAAUUUGGUUCUUGAGUCGCGUUUGGCGUCCAUCUCUCCUGACGGAGAUGUCGAAGAUCUAGAAUUAGACCACCUCGUACGGUUGGAAUUGAUCAAUUCAGCUUUUACACGUCAUUGCCUCGAACAGGUCCGCUUCCCGAACCUCAAAACGCUCGUUGUAAGACACAACUCGGCCUUCGAUAUUCCUGCUUUGAUAGACGGUCAAAAGUUAGCGGCCCUCGAGCACCUGACCCUUUCGAUCCUCGUCC